ACUUUCCUUCUGUUUUGAUUUCCUUCAACUAAUUUUAAUUCCUUUCGAACUUGCUUGAUUUCUUUCCCUCCAUUUUGAUUAACGUUUAGGGUGAUUUGGGCAUGUCAUCUUCGUCAGGAUCUACGGUGAGUUUUCUGCCAAACUUGGCGACAUCAUCGCUAGUCAUCUGUUCGUCUUCCUCCUCUGCAAUGUCAUCACUGCUACUCUCCUCGCCAAGUCUGACAGAUUGUCCGUAGAGAAUCUCGAAGCCAACAAUGCCAAGGAUGAACUCUACGAGGAAGUCCUCAGAAACACUGAAAAUCGCCAACUGCCAUCUUCAGAAGAUGCUGCGGAACUCUCGAUAGAAAAGAUUGUUUACCAGGACAAGGAGAUCAUCUCUCAAGUGAACGCGAUUGAUUUGGAAACGCAGUGCAAUUUGGCGUCGAAUCUUGAUUUUGAUUCGGAUUUGGACAUGGAUAAUCUGAACUCUUACUGAAGGAGCAAGUCGAAGAAGUUCGUUAGAGCGAGUGUGGAGAAAGGAAAAAGGGAACUACGAAAAUUGGGCUGUUCCAAAUUGCUUUUUGAAGAAAAAAAAAGAUGAAUGAGAGGAGGAUUGUGAUUAAUUGUUUUUCACGUGAAGGUCAACUUGCAAAAUUGGAGUUAAUUGGACCAAAGGCAUUUCAGCUGCUUAAGAAAACAUUUCAUCCUGCUAAUAGGUAAGUUAUUUAGAGGAAGAAAUCAACCAUUUUUAGCUGGGAUAAUAAUAUUAGUCAAACUUAUUUCUGCUGCAGCUAUUUAGAGGAUUCUUGGCAAUUGCAAAAAUGUUCAGUUGCAAAGGGUGAUAAUGAUUAUGAAGUAAAGAGCUUCUCUGUACCUGAAAAUGAGAAAGAUGUCCAGUCUUGUGCAGUUUUGUCUUUUACUGUCAAGGAUCCUCGUUCCUUUUUGGAUAAAAUAACUGGGGGUGUUCCUGGGCCAGCUUCAACCAGUGAAAUACGGGUAGUUGAAUCCAAAAGACAUGCACCAACGGCGGAUGGAGAGGCACCAAUAGCGGAUGGACAUGUUCUGCCUUGCAGGAGAAUUUGUAGGGGAGUUUAGCACAUACUGUCUCUUCCUUGUUAAGAGAAAGCCUCUUGGCUUUUGUGAUUGCAAUGAUAGUUGCAUUUGUAAUGAAGGAUUAGGUUCACUGAAUACAGUGUCAUUUGUUCCUAGGCAGGUUAAGGGUAGGAGAGGAUUUUGUAGGAUGUGUAUGAUUCUAUAGUAUCGAAACUUUGCCAAAACCUGGCACUCCAUGUAUUUUAGCAUUUGGUCAUGAUAUAAAAAUGCAAUAUUUUGAGAAAUCUGUCCAUGUUUCCAUUCAUAAUCUAUGUAUGUUGAACAAGAAUUUAGCACUUAAAACAAGAGAGAAAUAAAUAGAGCAAAAUGUACAGUAAAUCAAUUUGCAUUCU